AUGACCAGUCCAAGUAUACCACAUCGAGACGGUCGUGAUAGUGAUCUGACACUCGAUGAUGUUGGCGCUAUUUUUGAUAGUAAGAAGUCCCCUACAAAAGGCUCACCGUCUCUAGGCACAUUCUUUGGAACCAACAGUUCUCAACCAAGUCAGCUAGGUAAUGACAAUAUCCUAAUCAACCUUGAUUCACCUCCGAGAAAAGAGGCCAACCCUACCAUAUCUACAAUCCUCCCCGGUUCAAAUUUAGAACCGUUAAAGCCUGCAAAAGUGAAUCCUUCCUACCAAAAUGUACAGGAUUAUGACGAUGAUAUGGAGUUAACCAGUGUGUUUGGGGGACGGCGAACGCAAGGUCAUCAUGCUGAUACAGCAGGUAAAAUAAUACCCACCAACAUGGAGAGUUCUGCUGAGGAUACACCACAUGACGUAGAAGAAACAAUGGAGCUGACAAAGAGCUUUGGGGCUAUAACAGGAUCAUUGGUAAAUAAAGACGGAGAAGAUGAAGGCGGAAUGGAGCUGACAACUAUUGUAGGGACUGGCCUAAGAACAACACACAGUCCUGGGAGCCACGAUGACGAUGAUAACGAUGAGAGGGACGAAAUGAAUUUAACGAAGACCUUUGGGGCCAUCCAGAACAUGAGUGUGGAAGGGUCUAGCAGUGCGUUUACAAGUCGAAACUAUAAUAAAAAUGCCCCAGAUGAAAUUUCCAUGGACAUUACGAGAGCUAUCGGUCAAGUUCUGCAAUCAAAUGCAGAAGACAUAAACAAUAUUGCUGUUCAACAUGUCGAUGAAGAUACGUCCAUGGAUAUAACUCGAGCAGUUGGUGGACUUCAACAAUCUCUACGGCAUGACGCUGAUAACGAUGAUGCCUCGAUGAUGGAAGCAACCAAAGUGGUGGGGAGGGGAAUUAAGUCUCACCUUGAUAUUAGUGGGAAUGACGAGACGAUGGAUAUAACCAAGGCAGUAGGAGGAGUGAGGGCCCUUCAUCAAGAGAGUCAACCAAGUUCAAAGGUACAUGGGAUAGAAGUGCUUCGAUCUGAUAAUGCCACAGCGGAUGAUUCAAUGGAUGUAACCAAGGUUAUUGGAGGUAUUCAACACCGAUUUGAAUUAGAUGCUGAUGAAGACACCGGAAUGGAUAUUACUAGGGCAGUAGGUAAUAUUAUUCUUGAAGACCCAGCAAAAAAAGGUUCGUUGGACAGAAUCCAAGGAGAACGCAGCGAGACGGCAGCGAAUGAGGCGAACAGCCAUUCGGCAGGCACGAUAAUUAGCGAAAACUCGAUGAGAUCACUUUCUACUUGGAGCACUAGGCUAGACAUGCGGGUAUCAACCGCGACAACGCCCAUCAAGGCUUUGCAAGAACGAAUCGUUUUGAUGUCUCCAGAAAAGCCAAAGCUGCACAUUCCUCUCCUCAAUCCUGAAGAGAUCAAUUCUGAAACUGAAAAAACUCAACAAUCCCCGACAAAGCCACUUGCAAUUACGGAUAAUAAUAUUUCUUUAAAUGAAUUCUUGUCAAUGAUAUCAAUUGAUUUCAUGGAUAAAUUUCUGUCUAACUCUAGGGGCCAUAGUUCUUUUGGGAUACCUGAGGAGGCCGUCGAAGGAGCCACGGAAGAAGAUUAUUGGGUAGCAUCUCAGAAAUUACCUCUUCUAAACAUGUAUGACUUUGGCUCCCACGAAUUAAAGAAUGACAUCAAAAAUGCAAAGGAGUUCUUUACUCAGUGGGAGGAAUCGGUGUUGGAAGAUAAUCCUGUGUUAUUCCAAGAAUAUGUUGAUGCCUCGGCAGAUACCAAGCAAAUCAUGAAAUCACAAUUUUUGCUUCUAAAAAACUUCUCUCGGCAGCAAGCAAAAGGAGCCUGGUAUGAAUGGAGACGGCAACUAACCAAUGGAUUAAACAAAGACCUGGAAAAGAAUCGGGAGCUGCUCGCAAAAGAUAUCGAAAUACUGCAUGAGAAACGGACUAUCUCUGAGCUGGCGAAUCGUGAAGCUCAGGCACGACAUGAAAAGUUAAGCGGCGACAUCCAAAAUAUGAAGAAACAGCUUUCAGAGUUGGCGAACUAUAACAAAGAGGAAUUGAUUGAUCGUAGACAACAGGUCGAAUCAGCAAAAAAGAACGCCAUACAACAGCGAAAGACAGCCGAAGAACUACGAAACCGCAGGGAAUCUGUGAUAGCAAAGAUUGAGAAGUUACGGUCAGAAAAGCAGACCCUACACGAUCAUGUCAAAGAAGCCGAACAGGUUCUUAAAGCCAACAAAAUCGUUGAUAAUAAGGAGAUGCACGCUCUGGAAAGCAAUUAUAAGUGGCUUUCUCAGUGCGUGGGAUUGUCUAGUAGCGAAUUAAAGGAAGAUGUUUUGAGUCUUCAAUUUGUCAAUGGGCUAGCACUUGAAGUGAAUAUUGUGACCGGUUCUAUUGUAACGCGAUCUCAUGAUGAAUCCGCCACCUUUGCCUUAUUGCGUGGAUGUCUUCAAAAACAAAUUGACCAUCAAUCUAAACAACAUGCCCAUAUCAAGUCUAUUAUAGCCCGGGCCAAUAAGAUGUGGGACAAUGCCUGUGCAAUUAAUAGUGCCAUUUCAAAGCUUGAACUCGAAUUUAUGACUAGCGUUUCAAUGUCAGAGGUGCCAGAGGAAUUGCUUAUUGCCAUUGAUCUACUUCUGGAGGACAAGCAAAUGAAGCGCCAGCCCUGCAAAGUUUGCAUCAAGGUUCGAUAUGAUGCCCAGUCUAUUGUCAGCUAUCCGCAUGGAAGUGGGAUAGCGACUGUAGAGCCUGUUUUCGGUGACUUUGGCGGACGGGCGGUCUUAGAACAGAUACACGAUGGAGUAGUGUCAACAUUAGCUGAUAAUGGUCUCCAGGGCCUUUCUCAAAUCUGCCUACAGAUUUUGCGGGACUUCAGUUCCUAA